AUGGCCAAUAACAUUGCAACCACCUUCACUCCACUCAUCUGGUCAUGGAAAAUGAACACAGCAAUAACCGGAACAAUGGGCAAACCCAAGGUACAUAUGACAUUGGAGAACAGUGAAGAGACCUUAAAAAUCAGCCCAACAACCCCAAUGCUAGGCACUUGCCAUGUCCCAGCAGUCCAUGUCAAGUUCAAUACGUACUAUACAUUUCCAAGUUCAUAUUCUUUCAUCUCUCUUCUCAAAUUCUUCCAUUCCCUGCUAGCGAAAAGCCCCACUAGGAUCACGCACGUCACUAUGAGAGAUUGCAACAGUGCAUAUGAACCCAAUCGCGUACUUCCCUUUCGAGGUUUUAUUGGAGUCUCCAAAGUCAUCAUUUUGGAAAACAAGGAGUGUGGAGGAAAUGGUGAGGAGGACUAA